GACAGAGCGCAGAGCUCAUUUCUAAACGGAACGUUGAGUAGUGCGAAAGUGUUAUUGGUAACGUCGCGCAUUGUUUUAUAAAAUAAAAGAUAAUAAAUUCAAAGAAGUUUCUAAGUGUUUCCAUAAGUGAAGUCUAUAUUCAAAGAGAAAACAACUGAAAUUUAAUAAAAAAAAAUUAUUUAAAUAUUUUAAUAAUAAUGAAGUUAAAAAGUUAAUAAAGCCAAAAAAAAAUUGAAAAUUAUUAAAAAUAAGUGACAAAGGAGAAAAAUCAACAUUGGCAGACGAAUAAAGCGGCUCAUUUGCUACUCUGUGCUCUUUAUAUACCGAUAUGUAUAUAUGUAUGUAUGUAUGUAUGUAUGUGUUAAAGUUAUAUAUAUGUAUCUAUGCAGUUGUGUCGCUCACUUUACGCUGAAGUCGCUGCUCUUGUGAUAUUAGCUAUGCUGCUAAUGUACAAACAGUCAUACGAUAAUACAUUCAUUGGUGCGUAAGUGUGUGUGUAUCUGUGUGUCCAACUACAGAGUCUCCCUACUUCGCCUGGGUGAUUUUGCCUGGAUUAUUAUUUUGGAGUAUUUCAAAUACGACUGUGUCACGUUUUUCGACGGCAGACAGCGUAACGACUGUUGUGUGUGUGUGUGAGUGUGUACGCCACAUACAUAUAUGUACACUGUAAAUGUAUAAGUGCUUAAUAUAGCGCGCGUAUGAUAAUAAAACAAAGUGUAUGAUAAAAGUGUGCACAAAGCAAAGUAGUGCAAAGAGCAGUUUUUGGUUAGCAGGAGAAAAGUGCUUUGAUGCUGUUUGUACUCGGUGUAUGAAAUAAAGAAGAAAAAAAGGAUAGAGUGCAUUAAUUGCACCAGCUAUAAUAUAUUGUAUUUGUGUAAACGAAAUUAAGUUUAUAACAACAACAACAAAUAAUUUUUAUAAGAAAAGAGUUUACAAAUAUUAAAAUGAUUUAAAUUAAAAAGCAAAGUGAUUUUUGUGUAAAAAAUAAUUCUGAUUAAGUUUGUUACUUUAAACCGGUGAUAAAUUAGCAAUAAUUGUGUGAAAUAUUCUGCAUCAUAUUCUGGAUUAUAAUUGGAUAUUUUACCCUUGCAAUUGGAUUACUACAAUGUUACAUGGAUAACUGGAUAUGCAUUUCAUCGGACGAUAACGCAUUCAAAGCAACUUAGCCAGCCGCUCGUUGAACAGCGUUCAAACACCGUCGCUAUAAACAACGGCGGAGUCACAAUCAUUUCAUUAAAGAUUGUUUUGCGCCGGGUUUUUUGUUGUUGUUCGUAAGUAACAAUGUCACCCGUGCCUGGAGCUACGACAGCGAGCGCGAGCAAUGGGCCAGCAACUACGCCACUACCACCAACGCCGACGUCACUAGCGCCAAUGUCAACAUCAUCAAAAGCAGCAGCAGCCGCAGCAACAAUAACAAAUACAACGAAAUCAACAGCAACAACAAACGCGACAUAUACAUCGUCUGCGCCCAACCGCGACCCAAAGAUGUCCACGCAACAGCAGAUUUCACCUUCGCGUUCACAGCAUGCUGGUGGUGGCGGUGGCGGUGGCAGUGUCACUGGCAGUGCAGGCAACAAAAGCAAACAGAACUAUAAUAACAACAACAGUAUAAGGAACAAUAACUGUAAUAACAACGUGUUUCAGCAAAGCCACAACAAAAACAAUAAGUUGUCCUUGCAACACAGUAAUGUCGGCGCAGGUGGAGGGGGAAGCGGGGGCAGAGUAGCAUCAAGUGCAGGGGGUGUGAGUUUGGCGAAUGCGGAAAGUAUGCGACAAAUGAAACAGCAGCAGCAGCAACAAAAGCAGCAACAACAACAGCAGCAGCAACAGCAACAGCAAUUAGCGAAUAAAAACACCAGUGUAGCCAGCAGUAGCCAAGUGAAGGCCAAAACCAAUGAAAUGCAAAAACAAACAGUUACAACAACAACCAAAUUGUCCUUCACCCAUGCGACGCCAACAAACGCGGCCACCGUUAAUGGCGUCGUAACAACCAAAAGCGUGAACAACGCGCAAUUCUCCUCGGCACUUGGCAGUGUUGUUGGCACGUCGUCAGCCUCGUCGACAUCGCUGCCCUUGUUGUCUGCGCAGACUAAUUGCAAUACUAAAUCACCGACAACAACAAAGUCGCAACAACAAUGCUCCAACACUACUACCACCACCACCACGACCACCACCGUCGCUGCUGCAAGCUCCUCGUGCUCAGCUUUAAGUGCGGAUCCGUUGGCCUUGCCGGCCAUCACUUAUAAUGGUGGCACUUCACCACAAGCUAAAGCGACAGCAGCAGUUUCAGUAGCAAAAGCAAUAACAGACGCAACAACUGCUGAUACAACAACGACAAAAACAACGGCAGCAUUAAAGACGACAAUAAAUCAAGCGGAUGCGGAAAUAAAAGAGGAAAGCGAUCCGCAACAGGUGAUCGCCGUUAAGUUGGAGGAAAGAUCUCCAGCAACUACUGCUGCAACAACAGCAACAACUGCAGCAAAAAAAUCACCGACAACAACUUCCACUACACCUAAUCAAGUAGGAACACCCUCUACAAUGACAACAAAUGGCAAGGAUAAAGCUGCGGCGCCGGCGGAAACUACUAACAGCAACCAUAAUAAUAACAAUAACAACAACAACAGCAACAAUAACAAUAAUAAUAAGAACAAACAUAGUAAAAAUACAACUGCAACAGCUGUUGGCCCACUCGUUACCACCGACGAUGCGUCUGCGGAUAAUCUGAUUGUGGAUAAGCCGCGCAAAGUACUGUUGAGCGUCAUAAAUCCGCAUAUAAUUUGUCAUUUGUGCAACGGUUAUCUCAUCGAUGCGACAACCAUUGUCGAGUGUCUACAUUCGUUCUGUCAUAGUUGCCUAAUUAAACAUUUGCGAACGGAGCAAUACUGCCCACGCUGUGAAAUGAUGAUAAACACGGCCAAGCCGAAUAUCAAAUCUGAUACUACACUACAAGCCAUCGUCUACAAACUUGUGCCCGGUCUUUAUGAAAGGGAAUUGAUGCGUAAACGCGCUUUCUAUAAAGAUCGCCCCGCAGAUGCUGCCAUGGCUACACCCGAACAACGUGGGGAAGACACCGAACAUCUCAUAUUUAGUCCUUCCGACUACAUGUCGCUGUCGCUGGAAUUCGCAGAUACAGAUGAACUUGUUUGCCAGAACAGCGAAUACCGUGAACUGCUUAAGCCGCGCUACCUGCAGUGUCCCGCCAUGUGUACUGUCGGUCAUUUGAAGAAAUUCGUUUAUGGGAAAUUCGACAUCGACUCGCAACGUUUCAACCUGGACAUCAUGUACAAGGUGAAGACGAUCGUGCUGCUCGACCAUUACACACUAAUGGAUGUGGCGUAUAUUUACACAUGGAAACGUGAUGCGCCAAUGCGUUUCUAUUUCCGUGUAAAGCGCUGUUUGCGUCCAGUUGUGAGGGUACGUAAACUACCGGCCAUAACUGCCGCUGGAACCGAAGCCGACAAGCGUGUAGGUGCUGCAUCAGAUGCGGUUGAAAUUAAAGAUGAAGUCGUAGAUUCAACUCUAACAACAGUCACAACAACAACUUUGCCAAAAGAUGUUGCAAAAACAAUAACGUCUGUACCAGAUGCUAUGACAAUAAUACCAAAACCAGUUGCGUCGACCUUAACUACCGCCGGUGAACCCUUAAUUACAGCGCCGUCCGAAAUCAAAGAAGAACAAAUUGAAGAACCAGUAGAUUUGAAGUUGGAAUCUCAUUCUGAUGCGAUUGUGAAACCUGCGAAGCCAGCGAAGCCCAACAAAACGCCGUUGGUUAGCUCAACUACGGAGAGCAAGCGUUCGCACGCGAGCUCUUCAGCUGAGCGUAAGGCCGAGAAAGCACUGCAUGCACAUAACUCACCGAAGACGUCGAAAGAAAAACGCGAAGCCAAAGAGGCGCUAAGACAAGCCGCCGCCGCCGCCGCUGGCGCCGAACAACCACGUGAAGAGCGUAAAGUCGAGAACAUAAAGCUAAAAAUUGAUCUUUCGAAGCAAAACAGUGUGACAAUUAUCAAUAUGUCGGACCCACAUCGUCGUGAGAUUACCAAGUCUGUGCGUCCGGAAAAGGAGUGGAAGUUGAAAACCAAACGUGAUAAAGACUCAAGUCCCAAGAAUUCACCGAGCAGUGAUCGUAAGAGCAAAACGCCUAGUCCACUAACUGUGCCGCCACUAACAAUAAAAGCCGAACAAAUAAGUCCACAAACGAAGUUAAACCUUUCGGCAAAGAGCUCACCGAAGUCAACAGAAAAGUCGCAAGACGUCACAUCCAGCAACGAGGAGGAACAAAAGUCCCAGUUCCUCAAGUCAUUCUCACUAACUCCAACGAAAGCCGUCAAAAACGAGGCAUGCGAUAACUCGCCAAAGUCACCAAAGCCGAGCUCUAGUACAGGAGUUACACAUAAAGUGCUCGUGAAAUCACCAACCAGCGCAGCACGUGAUCCACUAAAAACAACAAUAAGCACAGUCUUCAAAGAUGCGGCCGCCGCGCCAUCUAAACGUAAAAUUAAGGAACCAGUUAAGAAUGUAGCAAAGAAACCGAAACUGUCGCCGCCACUACCAGCAGAGGACUUUAAAAUAAAAUUGCCACCGAGUCCGAUAGCCAAUACAGCAAAGCCCAAUGCCUCGUCCAAUGCGAAACCCAGCUCUCCUGUAAAUGAUAAACCGGUUAUGCCGUCACCAAAAACAACAGCCGGCACUUCAUCGUCCACCACAAGUGCAGUAACUACAAAAUCAACCACGUCCAGCGCUAAACCCAGCCAAACAGCCGUGUCGGCCAACAGCACUCAACCGAUUAUGCGUCCACCAAUUGGUUUGCCGCCGAAGAAACCGACCGGAAAAAUGAGCGCUGCGGGUACACAUAAAAUGACUUCUCUACCGCCGCCACCGCAGCCAUUCUCACGUUUUGAAAUGGCCGCACCUGGUAACCGAACACCGAUCGCGAAGCGUUACCAGCCAAUACUACCGAAGUCAACACGUCCCAAUCCUUUCGCAGACAUUCCCAGUGACGUCAACCAGCUGCUGAGAGAUGUGGGCACUGAGAUCAAGACAAUACCCAACAAUGAAAAGUCAACGGGGAAGGUGUACGGUCCAAAGACAAGCACAAGUGGCGGCACUACGAUCACACCAGACAAUAGUGUCAUGCCACCACCGCCGGUGCCAGUAUCUAAAGCACAUUCACCAAAUAUGGGCCCAUCACGACACGGCGUCGCGGGCAAUACCAACAAGUUGGGCUCCAAGAACGGCAAAACAACGAGUAAUUCGAAUAACUAUUUGAACCUCGCACUCUUUAAUGCCUCCAAAUCGAAAGGCAAUGAGGCGCCGCCCGGUUGUCGCACGCCCAUGUAUACGCCCAGCUCGCCGAUUUACUCGCCCAGCUCACCGCAAUAUAUGCCGAAUUACAAUAUACCCACAGUGCCUACUUACAAAUACACGCCGCGUCCAUCGAGCGGCAACGGCAGCUUUUUACAAAGUAUUUUAAGCGGAAGCAACAAUCAAAUGGCUGGACUCUUUCCGGCGCCGCCUACCAAGAAGGAUAGUAAUGCAAAUAGCAUGCACUCGAACUCUACAGCCGGCAAUAGCUCGCCGUCGCACAGUGGUGGCUAUAAGCCAAUGGAUAUAGGUGGCUCACACCAAGCACCAAAGCGUGUCUAUCCCUUUGCACGCAGCCCAAGCCCAGAAGAUCCGCCAGAGAAGCAGCUGAAGGUAAAAUCUCUGCUCAACUCUUGUAAUAUAAACAUUCCUUCAUCGCUCUCGAUCACCAUAACACGCGAGGAUGGGGAAUCCCAGACGAGUAAUACCUCAUAUCCGAAACAUAAGAGUCCUGUGAAUAACUACAUAGAAAUCCUUAAAUUGCCUGAUCAGCCAACCGAGACACCGGAACAGAGCAAACGUGCUUCAUCGCCCGCACAGAAAUCGCAAGCUCCUUCGCUGAAGCUGCUCAUGCCACCGUCGGCAAACCCAACUCCAACGGCCUCACCGGUCAAACGUGACAGCAAGGAGGGUGGCAAACCCGUCGCUUAUGGCGCCACAAAUUUGACGCAAACGACACCAAAGCAACAAAGCAGCAUGCACAAGUCGACUCACCACAACAACAACAACCCAAACAGCGUACAUAAAUCCCAAGGUGGCACGCCAAACACAGCAACAAAGUCGCCACAAUCAAAUGCUAACGCGAGCCAACAAUCGCAUCACAAGCAGCAAACAAAUGACAAUAACCAACAAAAAGCCAACAUUAAAGUCGCGGAACCACAAAGAUCACCACAGGCGGACCAACAACAACACAAGUUGAGCACCGAGAAAAAGUCGCCCAUGCAUAGUCCGGAGAAGAAUAUUAGCUUGUCGCCAAACGGCAAGGGAACAAACAAGUCACCGAGCAGUGCGAACGCCCUCGACACGGCGAAAAAGUUCCGACCAAUUUUGCCGCGCCAAAACCCGGCAUCUGCGAUCUCCGAAAUCGUGCCUCCAAAAGUAACAACUGCCAACAUUAUCGGCACCUACUCUGCGCCAAGCGGUGUAGCGGUUAAAGUGCACGCAAACAAGAAGGUUUCGCCACCCAAGAAAUCACCAGUUGCGCAGCAGCAACAACAACAACAACAACAGCCGCAACCACAAGUGGCACAUCAGCAGCCUAAAAACGGGCAUUCACCGAAUGCGUUGAUGUCUGCAAAAACCACAACACCACAAUCGAAGAAAUCUCCAUCACCAGCACACCAAUCGUCAAACAAACAACCGCCGCCACCACCCGCCUCAUCAUCAUCAUCAUCAUCAUCAUCUUCGGCAAAUACACGUGCCAACGCCACACCACCGCCCAUGUCAUCACCGAACACCAAUGUGGUCAACAAACAUAUGCAUCCACCCAGCAUGCCACCAACAGCUAUGCCGGCCAUGCCUAACCUACCGAACAUGCCGCCCACUCCACUACAAGUCGCCGCUAUGGCCGCUGGCUUGCCCGCACAUUUGAGCGGCGUGUCGGCUGCCGACUUCAGUAAGCUCUUCAAGGAUAAUCUUUUGCGCGCACAAGUACAGGCGGCAGCGGCCGCCGCCCAACCUGGUGGCAUGUUUUAUCCAUACGCGAAUGCGCAGCAGUUGAGUCACCACUACAGCUAUCAGCAGGCAUUCAUGUUGGAACAGUUGUCGCGUAUGCAACGUGCCGAGGCAUUAAACGAGUUCAUGCAGAAGUUUAAGAGCGGCCCGGCAGACAAGCCGAUGGAUAACAGCAGUAGUGGCAGCAGCGGUAGCAGUGGCAGUGGCAACGCAGGUGUCGGCAAGGCUGUGGCUGCUGCCGCAGGCCCGAAAGCAUCAGCCGGAGUGAGUGGUAGCGGUGGCGUGUCUGCAAAAUCAAAUGCGGGUAAUGUGAAUACGAAUACGAAUGCCGGUGGGGGCAAUAACAAUAACAAUAACAACAACUCCAGCAUUGCCAGCAGCAUCGGCACGUCGAAGGGCAAAUGAAAAUGAAUGUAUGGCCGGAGGUGGCGAUGCAAUUGGAGAUGAAUGAAGUGUUUUUUUUUUCGUUUGUUUUUUUUUUCUUCGUUGGUGUUUUGGAAAAACAGCGCUCAGCUAUGGAAUUCAAUUCCCGCUGUGUGCGUGUACGUGUGUGUAUGUGUGUGUGUGUGUGUGUGAGGCUUUGACGAGCACUUAAAUACAUUUUAAAUGAAAGAAAUAAUUUUAGAUACAAGAGUACACACGUACAUUCAAAUAGAUAUGUAUAUGUAUAUGUAUGUGCGUAUGUAUGUGCUCUUAUUUAAGUAAGUAUUUAAUUUAGCUAUAAGUACUAUAUAUGUACAUAUGUAUGUAAGCACUUAGGCUUAAGCUGAAAAGUGUUUCUGUUUAAAUUGAUUCUUGUUUUUGUUAUUUACCUAUACAUACUUGUAUAUUAUGUAUUUUUGCUUAUUUAUCAUUAUGAAUUACAUACAUAACUUAACCAUUGAAACAAAGUAUUUCCUAUAUAAAUGUGUAUACACAUAUACAUUCAUAUAUGUCUCUUUAUAUAACUUAUGUACAUAGAAGUAUAUUAUAUACAAAAUAAUAUCACAGUGGGCAAACAAAAAUUAAACUGUACAUAAAGAGCCCCAUGUAGUAUGCAGUAUGUUGUAUCUUAUAUAAAUAUAUACCUACAUACACGUAUGUAUGUAUGGACAUGCAUUCAGAUGUGCGUCAUAUUACCCACCCUUAAGAGAACCCUACACAAAGCUAUCGAAUUCCCCGUCCCUGACUGAAAUUUUCUAAAGAAAACAUUGAAUUUUAUUUUUUUUACAAAUAUGUCUAAUAUGUAUACACCA